AGCGCGGCCAGAGCUGUGCUGAGCGCUGCAAACCACUAUAGCUUGGAAGCGUGAGCUUUUUUUUUUUUUCCCCUCCCUUUAAAAAGUUUUCAGGAAGUCUGGGGGAGGGGCAAUGCUGUUUCUUUUUUGUUAUAAUGGGCCCCUUUGUGGGGAUGGAAGAGGAGAAGAGGUCUGGGUGCCUGCGGUGCGCAGGCUUCGCAGCGCUUCCCAGGGAAAGCUCGCGGCGCUCCUGGCCAGCGCUGGGCCCUGCGCUGCGGGGCAGAGGAGGGGGCCUGCUCCAGCAUGGAGCUGAUGGUGCUGUGCAACGCUCUGGUUACGCGCCUGCUCUUUGUUUUGCACUCUCUCAUCGGGGUCUGGAGGGUGACUGAAGCGAAGAAAGAACCCAAGUACUGGCUGCUGGCACUGCUCAAUCUUCUCCUGUGCCUGGAGACAGGGCUCACCCUCAAGUUUAAACAAGGCAGAGGCUACAAAUGGUUUUCACCAGCAAUAUUUUUAUAUCUGAUUUGCACAGUACCAUCAUUAUGGCUACUAGAAAUUCAUCAUGGGACUCAGUAUUGCAGUAACGAGCCUGGAGCAGUUCAGGUGAAUGUCAGCAACCAGGACUUCAAUCAAUCCAGAGACAGCAGUCACGGAAGCGAGGGAACAGACCACCACAUAAUUCAGACGGCUAAAGUCUUUGUCAAUCAGCUCUCCACAAUCUGUGAGACUGUGUGGACACUGGCCCUCCACCAGACUUUUCUACUGCUGCUAGUAAUUGGGAGAUGGCUUCUCCCCAUUGGGGUUGAGAUCACCCGGGACCAAUUGUCUCAGCUGCUUCUCAUGUUUGUGGGAACAGCAGCAGAUAUACUUGAAUUUGCUAGUGAAACCCUGGACAUCGAAGAUGUACGGAAGAAUUAUGCUCUCAUUAAUGCCAUUCUUGCAGUAUGGACCUGGAGUAUGUUACAGUUUCCACUUGAUCUUGCAGUACAGCAUAUUGGCUGCAAACCAACUCCAUCGGCCAGGCGAAUCCCCAGCCUGCUCUUGUGCAGGUACAGUGCAGAACUGUGGAACAUCGGGGUCAGUCUUUUCAUACAGGAUGGUCCCUUCUUCAUUGUGCGUUCAAUCCUGAUGGGCCACUUCAGGAUAUUCAAUCAGAUGCUGGUGUUCUUUACAGCUAAGAAUAUCUUAGUUGUGACCCUACAAUUGUAUCGUUUAGCAGUGAUAACAUUAGACUUUCGUGCUACCUUGCUGCAGAAGAGCAGGAAAGAAGUCAACUGUUGCCCAUGUGAGCCUUAUGAAGCUUGUGCUCACAAUACUGCCAACCAGGAUACCGAAAUGAAAAAGUGUGUUGCUUUUCCUGCAAAAGAGGAGUCCGAAGCUCCAUCAGAAGAUCAGUGAGUGCAGCUACUGACUCAAAAAAGGUUGUGUUUCCCACAGCUUCUUUGAAAGGGCUUGGUCUAUUUCUAUGAUCAAAUAGACCUUGAGCAUCUUUCUCAUCUCUUCCAUCAAGAGACCAAGGAUUUCUUCGAAAGUAUAGGGGGGAUUUCUGAAGCAAAGUCAUAGAACUGGGACAUUUUAUGUCCUAUUGGAUUUUGGUGGGUUUUGACUAGAUCUCUAUUAUAUUAUCCACAGGGAUUUUGUAGCCAUAGUUUGUAGUAGCAAGAAAGAUUUGGCACACUAACAAAGUUAUCUUUGGUGGUACAGUGCUAACAUAUGUAUUCACACAUAUUCACAUAGAAGGACAAACCUAUCCCGUAAUGGGAAAUAUGGAAGUAUUUAACUGCUUCCAUGGUCGGGCUAUAACAAGAGGGUGGUUAAUGGUAUGUUCUCCAGGAACAGAAAUAACCUCAGAAGUGACAACUGUGCAGACAUGCAAGUGAGCGCAGAUGAUAAAUUUCUACUGUUACUAUGACAUCUAAACAUUGUUCAUUCAAGAAAUGCAGAAAAGGUUUCUUUGAAUGUUACCUCAUCCUUGCCUGGAUUCAGUUAAAAAAAAAACAAAAAAAAACACACUAUGCAACACCAUGAAAUAGCAUGCACAAAAUCUUUUGUUAGGACAUGCAUAGUGUGAAUAAUCUAAGCCUAAGGGGAAAAAAAAGUUAGCCCCACAGAUCAUUAGAAGACAACUGCAUCUGCCACACAGGCAUUUUCUAGAGUUACUUGCCUUUGUGUUUCUACUGCUCAGAAAACAGGUGUAAAGAUCUUUCUCCCCUGCUUCACAGUGUUUACAGUUGAACAAAGGUUUUAAAAAUGUCUCCAUUUUAACUUUUUUUUUUUUUUUUUUAAUGGCCUGGCUCAGGCAUACAAUCUAACUGGAAAGAAAAUGGCACCGCUAGCAUUUGACAAGACAGUCUAGACAAUCUAAAAGGAUUCUGGCUUGUGCUUCGCAUUUCAUAAAGCACCACAAAGUCCCAUGUAAUCAGUUCAGUGAUUGUCUGGUCUAUUUAGUGUUAAGAUUCAUUUUUAAGAAAUGGCUGAUAAUUAUACAUUUACUUCUUUCACAUAUGGAGUGAAUUUUACAUCAGUGUAAAACCACUGACCUUGCUGCGCUUAGUCUUGAAUUACAGAAGCUUAAAGUAAGACAAGUGAUUUAGGAAAGUCUGUGUAAAUAUGCUCACAGGUGCUUCUACAACUUUCUGUAUCAAUUCUGAAAGAAGGCAGAAAAACAUAGUAAAAAAAAAAAAAAAAAAAAAAAAAAAAAAAGAAACAACUAGCAAAUGUAAAGUGACCUAAGACAAGUCUGUUAAAAUUUCCCAAUAAAAUCUUACUUUCUAAAGCCCCAGCUACCUGGAGACAGAAUCUGUUUUGGAGAAUGCAUAAGAGUGUUCCUACCUCCAUUGCAGCAGUCAUACGCUUAUUUAUCAAUAGCCAGAUAAGCAAUGACAUGUUCAUUCUUCAAAAGAUAAAAGUGAACCUAUUUAAAAAUUCCAACCUCCAGACACGUGAACCUCCGUUUAUAUUUGUGAGCUGCUAGACCUUGUGAUCAGGCCCUUCCAUUAUGAAAGCAGAAUAUGGACAAAAAGAAGGCAUGAAAUCUCAUACACCGCUUAGUCCAUUCUACCAUUUACCUUUAGUAAUAACAUGCAACACCUCCUGCUCUUCUCAUUUUGGGCCGCUAUCCAGCAAAAAUAAAAGAAAUUGCUGAUGAUUAUUUGCAAUGCUGUUGUGAGGUGGACAUAUGGAAAGUGUAAUGCAACUUCAUUUGGGAUUUUAAUUUAAGUCUAGAGGUAAAAGACUAGAGUGCUGCUGCCAACCAGCUGUGUUGUCUAAAAACUUUCACACUGAGGUGAAUUCAGAAUUGGCUGGUAGGGCUGUAACACCUCUCUUCCUCUUUGAUGCGAGCCAGGACCACUCACAUUCAUUUUGAGUUUACCACUUGCUGAUAUACUAAUUAUCCUGUUAAAAGGAUCCUUGUAAUUAAUUUGGAGUAUGCUGAGCUUCCUCAAACAUCAUUCCAAAUUCAUGAGCACAAUAAUUGCAGGACAUACUUUUUUUGAACUUACUGUCUAUUUAAAGGCUUAGCUCAGCAACAAACUGCCUACCAGGCUGCUGGCCUGCAGCAAAUCCAAGAUCCCCUGGAGUCAGCAAUAUAGAGACUAGCUAUUGCAGGAGUAUUUUACACAGAACUAUAUUUCCUGGUACUCAGGCUGUUUUGUUUCAAGCACCAGCAAAGUUUCUAUCAGUUUUACUGUGAGAACUCAGGCUGAUGCUAGGUUGUUACUACUGGCUCCCAUCCCCAUUCACUCUCAGACAAAAUAGGCCAGAUCCUCCCCCACGCUUAGGAUAUAAUAAAUUUGGAUUUUCUCCAUCCUCACGAUCACAGACAAAGACAGACUGCUUAAAAGCAGAGGGGGUGUGAGCAGGGAGAGACAAACCAACCAACCACUUCAAUGGUGGGCGGUCCAUCUCCCCAGCUGCAUGCACAGGGGAUCACGUACAAUAAGCAGCAGUGGGACUGACAUGUAGUUCCACGUAAUUCAGGAAGAAGCUUGGAAGUGGCAGUUUCAAAGUCUAGUAGCUCAUGUGUUUGGUCACAGCAAACCUUGGUUGCAAGACCCCUUCACCGCCCUCUUGCAAGUUUCUUGAAAGGGAGGACAGAGGAGCUGUUUUGCCAGCAGGCUGCCCGAGUCUGCCGCAUGGGGAACCACUGUGCCACCCUGCAGCCAGAGACUGGCAUACCUGAAGAACAACUGGUGUCAUGUUUGCUAUUCAGGAAAAGCUGCGAUAACCUUUCAGCCUUGGGAAAAUUCAAGCCUUCAAUAUGGAAUGACUUCAGAACAUCUAUUUUUGCCAUUAUUCACUCUUCCAGGAGAAUUACAUUACCAAAUCCCUUAUGCAAAUUGAUAUGUAACCAUUUACUAUUAUUUAUUCUAGCUGUUCCUGUGCUGUCCUUUUAGGUUACUCCAUCUUAAAGCUCACUAUAAUACUUUACUACUUGUCUCUUCCCAAGCUAAAGUGUAUUCCUCCUUUCAUUUGGACAUCGGCUCAAAUAAGAUCAUAGCCCCAAGCCUGGGAAAAAAAAAAUAUAGUAACAACGAUGAUUUUAUUGUGUUUCUGUUGGUAUUUGUACUGUACUGUGUUCUCUGGGACCACGUGGAAAUAGAAGAAAACGUGCAAUUCCUUUCUAAAAAAUUCCAACUGUAUUUUGCAAAUAAAAGGCAGUUACCUCAGGCAUAGCUGCCAAUUUAUUA